AUGGCGGCCAUUGAAGUGAUUACGUCACAAGAAAGAGAGGUGAAAAUGAAGAAAAUUACCGGCGAGAGCCGGUUGUAUCUCCUACAUUUUGUUAUUCUCCCUAUUUUCCUCGGGUCUGUAGAAACUCGUUGUUUAGGAUCAUCGGCACCAGAGAUUCUCCUCUCUGUCAUUGAAAUUUUCGGAAACAAUUUUGAAGCAGGUGAAUUGGGCCCCAGCACCAUCGUCGGUUCGGCUGCUUUCAAUCUUUUCAUUAUCAUCGCUAUUUGCAUUUAUGUAAUACCAGCCGGUGAGGUUCGACGGGUUCAACAUGGUCACGUAUUUCUGGGUUACGGUAAUAUGGUCGACAUUUGCCUACAUUUGGCUCUAUCUGAUUCUGUGUGUGUUCAGUCCGAACGAAGUCGAGGUGUGGGAAGGUGUCUCGGGUCGCUAACGUUUUGUGUAUUUUCCCUCUUACCGUUUAUCUUUGCAUAUGUCGCCGACACUUACACAGGAAUAUUUGGCCAACGAAUUCUCGACAACACCGUAAGAACAUUUUUCGCUCGUCGACGUUCAUCACGGCGCAGUCCGACUAAGGAGAAAACAACUGCAAUUGAAAAUGGCAAGGAUGACCACAGGAUGUCUCUCAUUCAAACUAACACGGACGCAGACGCUUUGGCAUUUGAGGAACACCGAAAACAGUAUCUAGAAAUCUUCAAAACCCUACGAGCGCAACAUCCUGAUGCUCCUGUGGCGGAGUUGGAGAAGCUGGCCACAGAGCGCGUAGUCAGCCGUCAGAAGAAAAGUCGCGCUUUCUAUCGAAUUCAGGAGACAUCACAAAGAAAGAAGAAAGCAGAAGAACUGAUCGAACCACUAGUAAAGAAGUGCGACGUGGCUGUCGUUGAGUUCGAUCCUGCUCACUACAUGUGCCUUGAGAACGUCGGCACCAUAAAAGUGAAAGUUCGUUGCAAUCGCGGUUCAGUUGAUCCUAAUUGUACAGUUACCGUACACUACAGGCAAGAAAUAGAAAUAGCCAUUGUCGAUAAUGAUAUUUACGAAGAAGACGAGCAGUUUAUGGUCCGCCUAUCACAGGUCCGUGCUCAUUCGCCGUCACAGUUCACGCCGAUUCCCGUACGCCUUGGAGCUGCUUCUACGGCCACGGUGCUCAUCGUCGACGACGAUCAUGCCGGAGCGUUCGGAUUUGCCUCCGAAAAGUUCAAAGUGGUCGAAAGUGCUGGAGUGUUCGUCGCUGAGAUAAUUCGAACCCGUGGAGCUCGUGGAGAAGUGUCGAUUCCCUACAAAACAGUUGACGGACAGGCAAAAGCUGGCGCUGAUUAUGAGCACCAGGAAGGUCUCAUCCGCUUUGACGACGAGCAGGUCAAGUACGUAUUAUCAAGUGUUCAUCCGAACAAAUCCCAGAUAAUCGAAGCUAUCGCGACCAGUGUUGUCACUAAAGCCGCCUGUAAGGUGGUGAUCACUGAAGACAAAGAGUUCAAGAAUUUUGUCGACCGAAUGCUCACCAACGCCAACACGUCCAUUAUGGUCGGCACAAGCAGUUGGAAACAACAAUUCAACGAAGCCAUCACUAUCGAAGAAGGUUCGUUGGACGAGUUUUCUCGUCUUCUAUUGAGGGCAAGG